AUGAGCUCAAACUUGGCAGGCACAUUCCACUGGCAUUAUGAAAUGGGCGACUCUGGCCGCCCUGAGCCCGUCCACCGCAACGUCAGGCACAAGACCCGCCUGUUUGGUCAGAGCCAUUGGGUAAAUGGUUUGACAGAGCUGCGAGAUGUCUUGGAAAUUAUGGAACCACUUUUACGAGACGGGACGCGAAAAGCCUCAUACAACCUACAGCGAUGUAAAAGCCUGGCCAAGAUCAUCAAGGCACGCCGCGCUCCCACAUGGCCCACUCCCCCCACGUCCGAUAUACCCCCAAAAGAGGUCGCGGAUACGUUGAUCGAGUGCUAUUUGCGGACUUUUGAGACCAUCUAUCGGGUUUUACAUGUUCCAAGCUUCCGAAGAGACUACGAGGCGCUCUGGGUGUCCGAAACGGAGCCAAACACUGCAUUUUUAGUUCAACUCAAGCUCAUCCUCGCCCUUGGAACAAUUGCACACGAUGAACAAUUUUCUCUUCGCACCUCUGCCGUCCGAUGGGUGUACGAGGCCCAAACAUGGCUUUCCGAACCAGAGUUCAAGUCCCGACUCAACAUCCAGUUCCUGCAGACCAACAUCUUACUCCUGCUUGCGCGGGAGAAUAUCGGGGUCAACGGAGGCUCGGCCUGGAUUUCGGCCGGUGUCAUCCUUCGAAUCGCCGUUCUCAUGGGGCUACAUCAGGACCCUGCAUGUCUGCCUCAAGGGACGACAUUUGCCCUUGAAAUGCGUCGCAGGAUGUGGAAUGUCGUGUUGGAGAUCACCCUACAGUCCAGCAUGGAAGGCGGCGCGCCGCCGUUACUCUCACUGGACGAUUUUGACACCGAGCCCCCGGGCAAUUUUGACGACGACCAGCUCAUGGCACAAGAUCCAAUCCCGAAGUCAGAACACGAAUUCACUGGCAUGUCGAUGGUCAUCGCGCUUCGAAAGAUGUUUCCGCUCCGUCUUGCCAUUCUUAAGUACCUGAAUGGCCUGAGCUCGCAUUCCACAUAUGAUCAAACCCUCCGGUUCGAUGCUCAAAUCAGAGCAUCGUAUAAGACCUUGUGCCAGAUAUUGCAGCAAUAUAAGUCGACUAGUGGCGCCUCGCCCUCCCGCUUCGAAAUCUGCACACUAGACUCCCUCAUGUGCCGCUAUCUGUCCGCGCUGCACGUUCCAUAUUUGGGCGCUGCCAUCCACGAGAUCGCCUACGCAUACUCCCGCAAGGUUGUAGUCGAGACCGCUCUCAAAGCAUGGUAUGUGAUGUAUCCGCCGUCACCAUCGGUCGUGAUGGCUGCAUCGCGCCCCGACCCGGGGUCAUUUAGCCGGGAUGAUUUUGCACGGUUCGUGACGUGCGGCUCAGGCCAGCAUCGCCAUAUUGCCGUGCAGGCGUGCUAUCACAUCGUCAUCGAGCUCAAAACUCAGCUGCAACAAGAGGAUAGUCUGGGUCCUGUCCCACUGCGCCCGGAUCUGCUCGCUGUACUGCAUGACGCAAAAGCAUGGUUCAUCCAGUCCAUCCGGGCCGGAGAAACCAGCAUCAAGUGUUAUAUGUUUAUGGACAUAGUGUUCGCUCUGCUGGAUGGGCUCUCGCGCGGAGUUGCCAAAGAUGAGCUGCCGGAAAUGUUGGUCACGGCGGCGGAGGAGGCCGAGGAUGUGUGUCUCCCGAUUCUUGAGCAAAUGGCGGGUCAAAGCCAGUUUGAGGAGAGUUUCGAUGAGUUGGAUAACAUUUCGGGGACUGAGUUGCCUGACUUCAUGGACGGCUGGGAUUUCAUGAUGCCGGAUGCUAGCUUCGACUUUGGGAUAACGGUGCCAACAAGCUGA